GACGCUUGUUGGAGUUUAGACAAGCGGAGGGAGCAAAAUGGCGGACGAAGAUAUUACGCUUGAUGGAAAACCUCUACAAUCGCUUCGAGUUGCGGAUUUGAAAGCCGCCCUGGAGCAGAGAAACCUCCCGAAGAGCGGGCAGAAAAACACGCUCAUAAAGCGACUCAAAGGGGUAAGCUUUUCGCUCGUGUUACGGAUGCUUGUCGAGUCUGUCUAAGUUCAGCAGGAGGCGAGAGACGGUGGGGGUUAACAGUAGAGGCCGUAACGGUGUGCGGGCUUGGAAGCGGGAAUACAUAAACCGUCAUGCACGCUUUAUUACACAUAAACAGCACUUCGUCUUUUCGGUUAUUUGUAACUGACAGCGUAAAGAAACUAUUUAGCCACCGAGUUCCGACUUAAUUUGUAACUACCCCCAGAGCACCGUGUUGCACACAGUUGAAGUGUGCACCUGUCAAGUCGAGGCCUAAGCGGAGUGUAAGCAAGCGAACAGCCGCACAUAGUGUACAGUACCGACGUGCCCGCGCUCCCUAUGUGUUUGGAUUGGGGUUACGGGGGCGCGCAUUGCCAUGUAAACACGAUUAUACGAGCUGAAAACAAACUACUGAAGCAAUUGAAUUUCUAGUCAGCGGUUAGAAACACCAUUAUUCUUGUACAUAACACACUCAGCAUAUAAACAAUCAAAGGUUUCAGGGCCGUGGACUGGAUUUUCAUUGACACUGAGACCACGAGUCCAACCCCCUCCCCCCUAAACGAUAAACAGACAUUUUUUUGGACCUUAAAUUUUAACUUUUAAACAUCUUACUUGAUAUAUGUGAAAUGGUUUAAAACGUGUUUGAGAAAGUGUAGUACACACCUUAGAGAAGUCAAGAAAUCCAACUAGUUAUACUAUGUUAAGCAGCUUGCAAAAGUAUUUGAUGCGUCCCAUUUUACUCUAAGAUAUGAUGAAAAUGUAUAAUUAGAGUGUCUAUUGUGACAUUCUAAUUAUAUUAAUAUUCAUAAAUGCCACUAUUGCAUUUAUCAUGUUAAUACUUUAUUAAAUGCUUACUCUUCAUCGUGUCCUCUCAGGGUGGAGACCAGUGCCUCUGUGAUUUGCAUACAUUCAAAGCGUUUGUCUGUGUUUUAGUCAAGCAGGACCAAGCCAUGUAAAGUGUGUGAAUAACAGUGGUGGAACCUUAUAGAGUAGUUAUACACAUUGAAAAUUUGUGCUAGCAUCUACUUGUUGGACAUCUAGUUGAACGUCUAUGUUCCCCUUCAUGGAGAUGGGCUGUUUGUUCACAUUCAAUCACUUACAAAAUGCUAAGUUUGGCUCCAGUCUGUAGUGAUGGGCACGGCCGUUCUUUUAGAUGUACUAAAUCACUAGAAUCAGUUCAUUAAAAUGAUUCGUUCAAAAGAUUUGUUUACCGAAUCAUGCAGCGCUCGGUGGGUGGAGCCUGCGACUCACUGAGUCUCACUCUCCUCUCAUUACUUCCAGCCUAAUGUCUUAAGUUUCUUUAAUUGGGAACUAAAUUAAAACAACAGGGAACAACGGUCACCAUGAAAGUGCAUCCCUCGGACAAAAAUGAUUCCAGAGAGUGUAGUUCACUGCGUGAUUCGUUCACCAAGUGAUUCAGGUGUUACCACAAGCGGUCCCUGGCUCGCUGGCUGCUCGCCUGGCAAUGCUACAUGCCAUGUCAGCUGUGCUGCUGACAGCUCAACUGCAGUGAGAAAUGAACGAAUCACUUGAGGAAGUGAUUCAGUUCAGUACGUUCACUUAAAAGAUUUGGUUCUUUUGUACAAAUCAUUCGCGAACGAUACAACACUACCAGUCUGCUGACAGCUGAACUGCAGUGAGAAAUGAACGAAUCACUUGAGGAAGUGAUUCAGUUCAGUACGUUCACUUAAAAGAUUCGGUUCUUUUGAACAAAUCAUUCGCAAACGACACAACACUACCAGUCUGAUAGCUGUCACACAGUUGAAAGGAGAUCAAAAGUACUAACUUGUUCAACCAAACAUCAAAAUCUCUCUUGUUCAUUUGCAGGCACUGAUGUUGGAGAAUCUUCAGAAAUCCUCGUCCUCUCACAGCGGGCUGCAGCCCAACUCACAGGUCAGAGGAAGAUCCUGCAUGUGAACAAGAAUUUUGUUUCCAGCUUUAUUCUCUGCUGUUCACUUUUGUUGAUUUUAAAGUUUGUUAAAGUGUUGUUGUGUGCGCUUUUAUGUGACGCAGAUUGGCGAGGAGAUGAGCCAGAACAGCUUCAUCAAACAGUAUCUGGCCAAACAGCAGGAGCUCCUUCGGCAGCGACUGGAGAGAGAGGCCCAGCAGGACGAUGAGGCAGAAGGUAAAAAAUGCACAUCCAUACAACUAAUCGCAACUCAGUCGAAAAGUCUGAAAACUAUUUGUUUUUCUUGAGUGAGUUGGUGCUGAUUUUUCACUCCUGGUCCUGGUCUUUGUCUGACAGAAAGCCCAGCAGUCCCCGAGGAAGAUGACGACCACUCUGAGGACAAUGACAGCUCCUUUGUCUCAGACAAGGUCAGUAAGUGAGGAUUGUGAAGAAGUAAAUGCCUGAACAGGAUGCCCUAAGCUGCCACACGUUAUAAAGAUAAUAUUUUGAGUGUAUUUAUAUGUUUCCCCUAAAAAUACACACAUGAAAACGAUCCUGGUGGUAUAUUUUUCAGAUACAGAAAUUGUUUUAAGGUUUGAGUUGAGGUUUUCAUCAACUACAGAACAUAAUUUUAUCAAAAUUUAAAGAACCUGGAGAAAUCUUUGCACAAAUACACAAUAAUAAGCUCUGAGGUGGUUCUGCAAUAAAAACAGACAUGACUCUGUAGUGGAAAUCACUGCAUGGGCUUAAAAAACAACCAUCUCUAAGCAGAGUUGGUUGCUGCAUCCAUGAAUGCACGUUAAAGCAAAAACUUUGUGUACACAGGAUUGAGAGAUGAUGUGAAGAAGCUGCAAAGCUUCAUUUUUCAUGCAUCAAAAGAGCGUAGCCUCGUAGAAGAAGAUGUUUGAGUUAUUGGAAAUAUUUAGGUGCAUCAGGAUGCAAAAAAUGGAAAGUUUGAACAGUCAACAAACUAACAACCAUUUUAGUUCUAACAACAUUUUAAAAAAUGUCUCCAAUCUUGGUUUCGUUGUCUCUCAGACUGACUGUAAUUUUCUCCCAGCAGCAUCACUCCCUGUCCUCUCAGCCCGCGAUGACCCGGGAUGAUAAAGGAGGAGGGAACGUAAUGGUGGGUCAUGCAAUGAUGGCGUGCGCUGCCAGCAUGGACCCCUCUGCUGCCUUCCACCCUCAGGAGUCCCUCGAGGUUCCUGGAGCUUGGAUGCAGCGAGCCGCCUUUCUUCAAGGAUGCAAGGAACCGCCGGCGCCCUCUCCUCCCCGCGCCGUGGCCUCCCUUUCGGUGCGUGUCCUGGGCCAGCCGGAUCGCCAGGGGCUGCCCCCCGUCUUACCUCGAGCCCAGGAGAAAGAGGGCACCGCACCGAGCGAACCAGGAUCGGCGCAUUCUGUCCUACACCUUAGCCGAUCCGCUGGGGUGGCAGCCGGGAGUCGUGCGUAUGUGGAUGACGAUGAGAACGACAGCGGCGAUGAUGAGAGUGACGAUGAUGACGACUGGGGGCCAGGUCCAGGCGGGGCACGGAAGGGGAACAGAGCGCCUCCUCAUCCGCAGCAGAUGCCCCCCAGUUUACCGCCAGCAGCAGCAAGAUCCAAACGCAAGCUUCAGCCUCCACAGCACAUCCCGCCACCACAGGUACAUCACACCCCAAUGCAACUGCGUCACCCAACUCCUCCCCCUUCUCCACCUCCUGACUUGUUCCCCCUCCCUGAUACUCCUAAGCAGAGUCCACCGGAUGCAGAUGGCCAGGAGAGGGGAGGUCUUGAUGCUGCACAGGGUCCAAGGGUGGCAUCUUUCCCUCCUUCCACCCUGCAGAGGGAGGACUCCGACUCCAGUUCUCGUUCCAGCAGCCCUGAGCCCCUUAUGAAGCGCAAGCCUGGACCCCUCUCUCUGCUCGUCCACAAGAUGGAAUCUGAAGGUGCUUUCACUUCCACUGCAGGAGUAUCAGGAGAGACGGCUCACUCCACUGCCGGGCCCGCCUGCUCCAGCGAGUCCCCGCUCCUAAGACUGGAGAGAAAGAGGCUUCAGGAGAGUCGGGAGAUGGAGGAAGAGAGGCGGCUGAAAGAGGAAGAGAGGAAAGGACAAGAGGAGAAAGAGAGAGAAAGACGGAAGAUUCAAGAGCAGGAGAAAGAGAGGAAACGCCUGGAAGAAGAGAAGGAGAAAGAAAGGAGGCAGCUCGAAGAAGAAGAGCAACGGCGCCGAAAGGCGGAGCAAGAAAGAGAGAGGAAACGCCAGGAAGAGGAAAAGCAGCGUCAGAAAGAGGAGCGAGAAAAAGAGAGGAAACACCAGGAAGAGGAAAAAGAGAGGAAGAGAAAGCAGCAAGAGGAGGAGAAGAGAAAAGAGCAGCAGAGACAGGAGGCAGCUCAUAAAGGCAGGGUGUCUGUGACGGAGGCCCAGGACUCUUCAUCAGACUCUGACUCCAAGUCAGACUCCGACUCAAGCUCCUCACAGUCCUCCUCGUAUUCAGGAGGAAAGAGUCAUCCUUUAAAACAGCCGAAGGUAAGAGAAGAAAGACACAUUUUCUGACUGUUUUUAACUUCCUUUUGACAUAUUUUAAGCUUGUCUGAUUAUCUUGAGAGGCACUUCAAUGCUGAAUUAUCUGAUUCUUCUCAUUCCUGAUGAUUAUGUCACAGAAGCUUGACCAAGGACGAGCAGGACAGGAUGGCAGAAAGAGUGACCCGGGUAGAGAGGCAGAGAAACGACACCCUUCGAAAAGGUCAGUAAUUUCUAUAUUAAGAGGAGUUAAAGUCAGAGGAAAUUCAGGUAGGAUUUGUAAGAUAUGUUUUUUAAAACAACCACAGCAGCACAGGUUUGACAUCUUCUUGUAUGUUUGCUAAGUGUUGUAAAAUUGAACUCUGUGUGUGUUUAUAGAGCUCUGUUUUAAGCCCUUGCAUGCAUUUAUUGACAUUGGAGUGCAGAAUCAUCACCCAGAUUGAUGUGCAGCUGCAAAAGGAUUUCUGUUGAAUAAAGCAUCCACAGUCUAAACCUCCUUAAUAUUCUGGCGUAAAAUUAAUUUAGGGUCAAACACACCAUAACACUGAGUUAGACACCCCCUCAAGAGACUGAAUGUUGUCGGCCGCUUGCUUCUCUAGUUAUACCAACUUUAGUAACGACCGCAGGAUAGCAAACCACAGCAGUCUGAGGAGCCAUAAACAAACCUCAACCCAAACGCCACUCUAUAGACACAAAUGAUGCUCAGAACAGCACCUAACUUCAUCAACAGUACAUAUAGGGUUCUAGCCACCAAACAUCUUCUAGCUUUGCCCGAUUUCUUUAGCAAAGAGACUAAACACGACUCACCUACUCUCUUCCAGCAGCCCCUUGUUUGUUGCAAGACCUCGGGCCAGUCCAUUACGGACUACAGCGAGGUGACGCAGCUCAAGGAAGAACAUCUGGGAUCAUUACUUUAUCAUUUCCUUGAAGUAAUAAUCACCAUAUUAACCAUUUUGCACUGCAGACGCGGUAGUUCUUCUGCCUUAGCGUCUCUGUCUGAUUGCAUUUCCAUGAAGAAAAUGAUCAUAAAUGUUCUUCCUUGAGCUGCGUCACCCCGCUAUAGUCCGUAAUGGACUGGCCCAAGGUCUUGCUACAAACAAGGGGCUGCUGGAAGAGCGUAGGUGAGUUGUUUAGUCUCUUUGCUAAAGAAAUUAGGCAAAGUUAAAAAGAUGUUUGGUGGCUAGUACUAUGGCUGGGACCCUAUAUGUACUGUUGAUGAAGUUAGGUUCUGUUCUGAGCAUUAUUUGUGGCUAUAGAGUGGCGUUUUGGUUGAGGUUUGUUUAUGGCUCCUCAGACCGCUGUGUAUUGCUAUCGUGCGGUCGUUACUAAAGUUGGUAUAACUAGAGAAGCAAGUGGUCGACAACAUUCAGUCUCUUGAGGGGGUGUCUAACUCGGUGUUACGGUAUGUUUGGCCCUAAAUUAGUAUGCCGGAAUAUCCCUCUAAGUCUAGACCAAUGUCAUUUCUCUGCAUCCUAAAUGUAGAUGCUGCCAAACUAAUUACUCCUCUUAAUUACCAUGAAUAAAUUAUAAAUCAAAAGGAAACUAAAGUGAGCUCUAACACAGUAAGAAAACAAGAACUGUGUCAUGUAAUGUCUUAUUUGUCUUGUGUUUCCUGCCUCUGGUCCUUUGAAUCGCCUAAACAAAAAGAAAACAGUCACAUGAAAUAAAACUGCUUUGUAUUAAACACCCACAUAAAAAAGUGCAUCUUUGUUCUCACUGACCGCAGCCGAAAGCUUGUCUUAAACCUUGAAUCACUCUUGCUCACACCCCAGCUGCUUUCUCACUCGUUUCUAAAUAUAGCAGCCGGUAUUUCUUGUCAGGCAUUCACUGCGGCAGCCUAAAAACCUGCGUGGCUGCUGCUGCUGAGAAAAAGGCGGGUCUUUAACCGCUUCACCAAACGGUCAGCUCUCGUUGUGUUUUUUCGCCUAAUUUCUCUUUACAUUAAGUUGAGGGAAACCGCACAGUCACUCGUUUGUGUUUCUUCGACCAAGUUUGAAUGCGCUUCUUUUUGAGCCUUUUAUUUUGGAAGUCCUAAACCGGAACUUGGCUUUUUUCCACUCGGGUAGGCUUGACUUGACACUAGUCUCGUUAUCCAACAUGGCCGCCAUGCAGGCAUUGCAUCCCUGAUACCGACGCAGUGAACGGAUUUCAAGCUGUGGAGACAAACGCGGCCGUUUUUUUGUUUUUAAGAGCCGCGGUUUCAGUCGUCGUCUACCCGGAAUAGACUCCAGCGGCGGGGUGUUAUCUGUCAUCCCCGGGGCUUCCCUUUCAAGGCCGGUCAUAAUGCUGUCCGAAGGCAACAAAAACGGGUAAGAGAGAGAGAGAGGGGGAGAGCCAGAGGGCGACUCAAGGCUUCAGGUUGCCGGUUGUACUUUAACACCUCUUCUACACAGAGCAAAGAGAGGAACAUGAACCGAUGUGAGUGUGAAGGGUCCUGUCGUGUUGUAGUUUCAUUAUGAUGCUGCUCAGCUCGCUCCUGUCUGUGAAAUAUCAUGUCAUCAGAUCACGUUGGCCUGGUUAUGAGCGUUGCUGCGUCCGAACUGCCCGCUCGGAUACUACAUGCUACUGCUACGUGCUACUGCUAGAUCCUACUCCUACAUACUAAAAACGUUGGCCCAAUUCGGACACACUAGACGAGCGGUGGGGAAAGACGACCCCCGCAGGCAGAGAGUAGGUACUGCGCCCGUGCAGACAGUGGUAACUGAAGCCCCUCUUCUGCGGGCCUGGCUGUAGUACUGCAGCUGUGCAGUUUAAUGAUGGAAUAAGUGAGCUUUACCUCCAUGAUUUCGCCACUUGCUCAUAAAAUGAUUACUUGGGCAAAUAUGACACCAUGACAUGACAAAGAGAUACAACCGCACAUUUUUUAGGACAGUGUGUGAAGUUACAUGAAACUUACAUCUGUACUGCUGCGGUCCCGCCUGCUGCUGCUGCUGCUCCGACAUGGUGCGCGCUGCUGCGGCCAGCCGGCGUUCGCGACACAUUUAAAUAGGCAGAGCGGCUGGUGGCGCUAGCAUCACAUGCGCUUCUACAACUUUUAAGAGGACGAAGAAGAAGCCCGCGGUGCAUUUUGGGUCAGUAGCAUGCCCGUAGGAUGCACCGAGACCAACCUACAAUGUGGGCGUGUCUAGCAUCUGAAGUAGUAUCUGAAGUAGCAUGCUACUCGCUCCGGUGGCCAAUUCGGACAUGCUAGAUACUACUUCGACUACUACUUCGACUACUACUUGGCAAUUCGGACGCAGCUCGUGUUUCAUGUCCGCCCAUGUGAGGGGGAGACCCGGGGCUGGUACGGUCUUUUGUUGAGUAAUGGCUCUCAGAUUUUUCUGGAGGAAAGGGGAGGGGGGUCCCCCCUUUCUUUGAUCAGGGCUUAAAAUAGCUCCAGCGUUAAUAAAUAAUGGCCUCAUGCUGUGAUUUCUCCUCCCAUCUCUCCUUCUCCUUGACCUCAACGUUUUCUAACACGCCAGGUAGGUGGUGUAGCUGGUCCUACACCGACUGGACCUUCACCUUAUCACCCCUCUGACUGUUAAAACUGUAGAAAGUAGGGCUGCAUGAUAUUGGAAAAAACUAACAUUGCAAUUUUUUUCAACCCUGCGAUGUAAAUUGCAGGGUUUCCCCUACAUGCAAUUGAUCGUGGCGCACCACCACGGCUAAAUAAAAACCGCCACACCUUAAAAAAAAAUAGUUUUUUAUCUCACGUAGUUCUACCUCGGACUCAUAUGUAUCGGCAGUGUUUCCCCUACACACGAUGUUAUUUCCGACUUGUUAUGAGUCAUCAAGGAGCGCAUCAAAUCCUGUAGGACCCUCUUCUAUCAACGUGAAAGGUAACGUUCAAGCUUAUACACGGUCUAUAUAGCGAGUAGCGUUAAUAGCAUUAGUAGCAUUAUUAUCAAUGCGGCACAAAUAAUUUCAACUCGUGCUGUCUGAGCACAACAACACAAUGUUAUUUGCGACUUGUUUUGAGUCAUCAACAAGCGUAUCAAAUCCUGUCGGACUCUUUUCCGCUUAUGUCAAGGGUAACAUUUAAGCUUAUACACGGGCUGUAUAGCGAGUAGCGCGGGUAACGUAACGUGAAUGUAACAGAGUAGCUCCUGGAGCUGAUCACUCACGAUCACUUAAAAGAUUCAGUUCUUUUGAACGAAUCGUUCUCGCGUGACACAACACUAACUUUAUGUUAUGCUGCACUGCUGGGAUGUUAUUGUGGCUACAGAUGAAAAGCACUGCCGACAUGUAACGUGUGUUUGGUCGACAUCAUCCUUCUUGUAACUGAAAUAAUCCCAGAUAACUGGCUUUCCUUUUAUUUUUGGCUACAAGUCUUCAUUUUCGGUUGUUUUCUCUUUGUUGCUCAUUUUGCAAUUGUUGUUGAUACCGGUGUUGUGCCGAGAAACGCAAUUCAGCCGAGAAUUGCAUGCACCUCGCAAAACAUGCACCGCUUAUAGUAGAGUGGUCAGCGGAAAUGUACAAUUUAAAACCCAUACAAUUCUAAUAUGUGGAGCUAAACAGUGAUGAGUAAUGUUUCAGAAGUAAUUCUCGGCGGGUAUUUGUUUCUCGGCUCAACACCGACAGCGACCCACUCCUCUCUGAUUUUGAUUGACGGCUCUAGUAGAAAGCAGAAUUAGUGGUAGAGCUGUUGUGUUGGGUUGCAUCAGACUGCCCCGGCGUUUCUAAUGCUAUGGCUGGCACAUUCAGCCUGUUGUGUAGCUAUAUUUGUAUUUUUGGAUUUGUGUGGCUGUAGCCGUUAAUGAUCUCAAUGUUGUCAAGGGAGAUCAUUAAAGCAGACAUCUGUUAGCUGUACAGUCAGUGUGAAUGGGCCCUUAUGGUGUGAUAUAAUUCUCCCAGCUGGCACCAGCACUCACACUCUCCUCUCCUGGGAGCUGACUACAUGUCGGAUUUGAUUGGUAAUAGUGUUUUAGUUAGUUUUAUGAGUCCGGCUAGUUGAUUAGGGCUAUCAUGAAUGAUUGAUUAUUGGUUCCUUUAUUGGGGGUUUGUGGAGGACUAAUCCUUUUUUAUGCCAUACAAGUGUUAAACCUUAACUGCCAGCUGACAUGUAAUACUGAUUUGAUAAUAGUGUGAGAGCCGGAAAAGACCGGAAUUUCAAGUUUUCUGAUUUGUUUUUCGCUUUGUUGUUUUUUUUCUCCCUGUUUCUUGAUGUGACAUUUGAACACACCGUGAUGAGGUAUCAUCCACUUUUACCUAAUUCUUGUUUUACUGACCCAAACUUAAACACAGCCUUUGACUUGUAGACGGAGUUAUUUCAAGCUGCAGAUAGUUUGACGUUCCUCAUUCUGGCUUGAUUUGAUGCAUGCAUUGUGUACUUUUACAUCUGUUAUUAGAUAGUCUAUUAAUGUGCGUGCACCAUUGAUUUUAUUUAUAGGACCCCAGAGACUGGGUAGCAGACUCGAUAAGCUCAAAUGUCAUUGGUUUCCAGGUUUUGAAAAACACUAAACCAGGUAUUUAAUCAACCCAGUUACCGAUCCUUUUCCCUGUUUGUUUGACAUUUGAAAUCAUGAUUCACUUCAUCAAAAUUGAUGUUAAUUUCUAAAAAAAAAGACUGCAAAGAAAUCCUGCAAUUCGGAUUCAUUAUAUUUGGUGUUGAGAAUUGUUGGUUCUGGAGUCAUCUGUACUUGCUGAUACCAAGUCUCACCACUCAAGAGGCAGGGGGGAAAUUUACCUGAUCAUUACAGCCACUCCUGGCCUUUCCUCCCCUCGCUGAUCCCCAGGGGGUUGUAUUUCUAGUUGGCAUCUGUCUCCCUUUAUAGCCUGUGCAGGUGUGAGUCUGGCCUCGCCUAAAAUCCACACACACAUACAAACACACACACCGUCUGCACCUCUGGUAAAUGAAGGGGAAUCAGUGCGGCGUGGAGGAGGAGGAGGGGACGCAGCCCUCCUGCCCACACUCUUGCCAGUAACUAAUCUCCAGAGAAGGAAGCUGAAAAGGCUCUCCCGACACUGUGGGGAGAUUUCAUUUCAAAGAUUAACAUUACCGGCCCCUCCACUCAGAGAAACCCUGCCAGCGGUCAUGUGACACAUCACGGAGAGAGGGAGGGGGAAAGCUGAGUUUGGCCAGUCUGAGUCGGUCCUGUGAGACUUUGUGAGUAAACAAAAGCAAGUCUGAGAAUUUUUUUCAGCUAUUAACACUCAUGAAAGGAGGUGGAGGUUUCUUUUCUCCCGUAAGCCCAAACAAAGAGCUCAUAGACCGUUGUUGUAUUGAAUCAGUGAAUCAGAAUCAAUCGCUCAUACUUUGAAUAAUUGAUUCAAAAGGUGAUUUUCCUUUAAGACGCAUCUACUGCAUUAUGAACAAGGAUGCUUGAGUUCUCCCGCUCACAAGUGCUGUGGAGGAGUCUUUUGAGGGGGAUACUAUAUAUACACCUAAAAUGAUGACAUCUGCUUGAUUUCAGAGGCUGUCUUAUGUAACAGAGCUAAAAUAUAUAACAGUAUGUGAAAGUAGGUGUGGAUGUGUGAGGUCUGAUUCACAAGAAGAAGAGGAGGCUGCUUUUUCUUUCUGCUUUGGACCUAACGUGAAUCAGUUGAAGACCACACACACGGAGUCAGCUGUGUUUGUGUGACUUUGAGUUAGUUUGAGGUGUGUGUGUGUGUGUGUGUGUGACUGUGGAUGUCUGUUGGCUGGUGAGUUAUUUAUAGAAGAAGUGACCCAGAUCCCUGCCCCCCCAGCACCAAACCUCAGUGAUUUGACUGUCUUGUCUUACACAUUAGUUUGCGUUGAUGGUCUUUGAUUUCUUUUCUUACCCAUUAACAAGUUGAGUGCUCGCAUGAAUUGAUUAUCCCUUGUAGACAGAGUGUUGUUAUUUUCUCAUUACAGAGGUGGGGGCUUGACGACUCGACUCGAGACUCGGCUUGGACUUGAGUCCCGUUUUUGACUUGCUUGAUGAAAUCAAGAAAUGACUUGGACUUGCUUGGGACUUGAUUGCUAAAGACUUGAGACUUGACUUGACUUGACUUGAGCCCAGUGACUUGAAAAGUCAAGUCAAGUCUUUUCAAGUCACGUAAUACCUUACAGCAAGCCCAAACCGUUUAAAAAGUGUUGCAUCAACUAAUGUUGACCGUGUUGUGUUGCCAAGUCUGCUUAUUUCCCGCAAAAAUUUUUUGCUUGUUUCUGGAGGUCUGUUUCCUUAUUUCUCUCACGAAACUUGGCAACACUGUCUCAAACUCUAGCCUCCCUCAUAACGACAACACUGGGAGGACUGAACAUAAAUCGCUCGGUAAGGACUUGGUUGGGACUCGAAGCAAAAUUCCUAGGACUUGGUUGGGACUAGAAACAAAAAGUUCAGGACUUGGACUUGACUUGGGACUUGUCUGUGUUGACUUGGACUUGACUGGAGACUUGAGAGCAAAGACUUGAGACUCGACUUGGACUUGCAACAUAGGGACUUUCCCCCACCUCUGUCUCAUUAUUUGAAAUGAUCCAGUGUAGCAGGUGUAGGACCUGUACCGGGUUGUUUGAUUCUUCCAUACGGAGUAAAAAGUGUCAAAAGUUAAUAUUGUUAUCGAUUUAAAGUCCUUGAACUCCUCAUAGAUCGCUCCACAAAAGGAUUUAUCAGAAGUAACCCACGAGCAGACAAAGAUAACAAGCUUAUUGAAUCAGUGAGACCAAACACCGUCACUCAGACCAAAGCCUAUUUUCUUCCACCUCUUCACCCCGUCGCCUUCUCUCUCUCACCUGCAGGGAGGUGUCGGAGCCCAGCGCAGCCGCCGUCACCGAGGUGGAACCCGACUCUGAAAGCUCUAUGGCUCAGCAGCCGCCCUCAGGGGCCGAGCCAGAGAACAGCGAGGGCCGCCUGGAGGAGGUAAGGCCACUGAGAGGGUGGGGGGUGCCCGGCUCUUUGCUACAUCUCUCACUAACCUGCAUCCUACCUCGUUCAUGAGAAAGCAUGUGUAGUCGGUGGCUUCGGUUUAGAGGGUCAAAUCCAUCACAACCCCAACAUUUGGAUCCUGUGGAGGUUUUUUCCUUCUUAAUCUUGUUAAGUUAGCGCUCUUUCAACCAUCUAAAUGCUCAAAGAUGACUUAUCAUUGAACGUUUCUAUAACGGCUCUCCGGGGAACAAACAGGGGUUGAGUUGGAGUUGGGUCCUUGGAUACGUGACAUUUGACUAAUCCCUUCCCCUGCUGUUAACACAACUUUCUCAUUCACGUAGAUGAUCUCUCACACACAGCACUCACUCGCCUGGUCUGCGCAUAUGGACGUGUAGUGUCAAUGUCGCUGAGAUGCAAAUAGUCAUAAUGAAAGUGUGUGAAAUGACAUUUCUGUGUUGCAUAAGGUGCAUGGAAGAGGAUUAGGGCCACUGGGGAAAAAAGGUCCAAUAUACUGUAUAUACUUUAUUAUUAGUCUGACUUUUUUUCUUAGUAUAAUAAAAAAUGUAUAUAUACUAGACCUCCUUUUAAGUGGCCCUAAUCCUUUUCUGUAUGUGUCUCAUAUUCAUGUUUGUGUGUUUGUGUUCGGGAGGGAGGAAGUAAGAAACAAACAAUAGCAAUUCAGGCUUACGCCUCGUCAUAGAGUGCCCUUGUCUUAAAAAAGAUUUGGCUCUCAAAGUCGAGCUAAUCAAGAGAGGGAUAAGAAACUUAACGAGAAAAUGCAACAACUUUAGCUGUGUUAUGUAUUACAAACUUUGUCCUUUUACAUGUUUUAUUAAUCAGACGAAACUAGGCAGAAAAUUAAAAAAGGGCAUCAACCAAAUUGAAGAAAACAAACACAAAGCAAGCACAAACCCAGAGGUAGUAUGGGUUUUGGAGGCGUCAUAGGACUGGUUAGGGUUAGGUAAAGGUAGAGUGACCAUAUCCCAACUUCCCAAAAUGAGGACACGACUAUGCGGGGGCAGAGUCGCAAAGUUAAUUUUAAGAGUUUCUGGUUUGGAUCGAGUGUCUUUUAUGCGCUUCUAACUCACUAAGCCCAUGUGACACAAAAUCAAAACUCUCGUACAAAACUCCGGUCAAAAAAAGGGACAUGUCUGGGUAAAGAGGACAUAUGGUCACCCUAAGUAAAGGUCUGUAUGUAGGUGUGACUUCUUGCAGCUGACAGAAAAAAGGGGCAUCAACCAAAUUGAAGAAAACAAACACGAAGCAAGCACAAACAGCGAGGUAAUAUAGGUUUUGGCGGUGUCAAAGGACUGGUUAGGGUUAGGUAAAGGUAGGGUGACCAUAUCCUGACUUCCCAAAAAGAGGACACAACGAUGCGGGGCGGAGUCACAAGUAGUUAAUUUUGAGAGUUUUUCGGUUCGGAGUGAAGUGUCUUUUAUGCGCUUCUAACUCAGUAAGAAGCGAAAAUCGAAACUUUUUUGCAAAACGGCGAGCAUUUGAAGGACUUUAUUAACUUCCCCCAAAAAAGAGGACGUAUGGUCACCCUAGUUAAAGGUCUGUAUGCAGGUGUGACUUUCUGCAUCUGUUGAAAACGUUAGCUUAAGUGCGGGGAAAGACGCUCUCUUCCAUGUAGGUAUCGGCUGCAGCUGCACUGAAGCAAAGGUUCGACAUUUGUUUGCAUUAGAGUCAUUUCAUCUAAUCAGAGUAGCGCAUUUUUGCCAUCACAAGCACUUUCCCUUAUCUGCAAAAAUAAACCUCAACAUGCAUCUUCACACACGCUAGGAUUUGCUGCCGGAGCUCAUUAGGAAGCUUCUGAAUAAUAUAGAGGAUCUGGUCGCUCUGCUAUUAGAGUUAUUAUCUGCAUGUGUCUGUUUUUACCAUGAAAAGAUGAGUGCAAGUGUAUGUAUAUUUAAAUAUAUAUGUGUGUGUUAGUGUGUGUGUGUGUGUUUGUUGGCCCUGUUUCCACUUUGGGUUUGCAUGAGUAAUGGACCCUAACAGUGUGUGCAGAGAUGCAUCAGGGCUCGUUUCUGCUGUCCUCAGCCUGUUUUCAUUCUCUCUGCUCUCUGGCCUGCUCCUUUUCAGACCAUCACUCUCUUUCCCUCCUCUUUUUUUAUUCACUCUCUCUCUCUAUCUCUCUCCCCUUUCCUCCCUCUACUCUCCAUCUUUCGCCUCUUUAUCCCAUCAUGAACGCUUCUCUCUCUCACUUUAUAUAUUUAUGGUGUGAUUGCUGUUUAAAACCCCAUUGAUUGCUUUGUUAUGAAGGUGCCCAUGCCUCUUCCAUUGCCCCUAAUGGUACCUGCUGCGUACUACUACUACCACCACCACCAACACCAACACCUCCUCCACUCCUCCUCCUACUCCUCCUACAAGUCCUGUCUCGCUAUGCCCAAGUGCGUCGCUGGUACCUGAGUUAGGCCCAGAAUCUGCAACCACAUGGCACUGAGUAAAGCCCGAGCCCGAGGCCUCCCUUCGUAGCUCACCACCCCCCCGAGCGACACGCUGAGCCAGCAAGAAGUGGCGCUGGCAUCCACGGUAACUGCAGCAGCACACAGUUGCCAUGGUUACCCAGCCUCGGGGGUUGGAAGCCUGCUUGCUGAGCUGAACCGGACUGGACUGUGUAACAGCGGUGGCGAUGAAUGACGGAGAAAGGGAAGACGAGGGUGUGUCGAAGCCCGGCACAUCGCCUCCCCACCCCCUCUCCGAUCUUCUGUUUCGAGGUGGUUCACGCUCGCCAAGUGUUCCCCUCCGACAUCUCCACCUCCAUCCUUCAAAUGCAAGACGCAGAGCAGGGAAAAGACAGAAACCCCUCAGCUCUUCAGUUUUAUUUUUACCUCUCCCUCCGACCCCACGCUGCCCCCUGCUGUCGAAGGGGGUUUAUGACUCGUGGACUGAGAGAGCACUGAAAUAAACCUGAAAGUGAUCAAAGCUGGAGCUGGUGUACGAUCGCUCUUUUGGUUUUCACGCUUUUAAACAAACUGACUGAGGAACAAAAGUGAUUGAGAAAGGGGUGAUGGGACAUCUUUUGAAGGGACACCUGUCUACAACUCGAACAUGUGGACUCUCACUCCCCCUUUUGGAAAAGUUGGACCGCUGUGUUUCUUGAGCUUGCUGGGCUGUCGCUAACAAUCGGCCCGGACAAGCUGACCGCCAUUGUUCAGAUGAACAUGUAAAACCUGUAAACGUGACCCAACAGGAGAAGUUCUGUUUGAAGGACUUUGAAAGGACAUCACCAGCUUCUAUGAAUGAGUGCACUCUGACUUUGAUUGUUGGACCAGAAAUCUGGAUUCACUCCGCAGACCUCUGACUCCCUUCCUCUGCGGUCAACAGUCGCCGUGACUCAGCGGAUGUUUGACCUUGGAGUCAUGCUAUCCUGCUUCGCUGUGGAGUUUGCAGAUGGACGAGUGCACUAGUUGUUUUUUUUUCUACAUAAGUCUUUGCCGCGUCUGAGCACCUGGUUUGAUUUCCUGUUUCUGCAGCGGCAUUGACACUCUGAUUCAAACCCUUUUUUUUGGGAUUAUAAUUUUUUCCAACUGGCUCGUAUUUGUCACUUUUUGAAGAGACCUUCCUUCUCUACGAACUUUGAACUGUGUUGCAAACCCUCUGGCCUUGAACUGCUAAAAAACCGGGACUGAUAUUCUUGGAUAUAAAACAACUCAACAACUCUUCUUCCUGUCGAAAUCAGUUUUUAGACGCACCUCUCCUGCCCGAGAGGACAACACGGACUAUUCCAACCAAAGACAAUAACUUCACGCUUCACAAAUGGACUUUUUUUGCACGCCAGAUGAACUUCACAGAUCGUGGACUCUAACGAAACAUACGCCAGCGCCCCCUCCCCCCCGUCAGAACCCACCACCCGUCAAUCUCAAAGUCAUGAAGACUGAAAAGUGACUCUGAUCAGCAGUCAGUCAAGAACAGUCCUCCUCCUCAAACCCCAGUUCAAGACAUAAAGUCCAAUCCAGUGAUCACUUCCCGCCUGGUGGCUAAUCUGCACACUCAUAUUGAGCCCAGCCCACACUCCUGCCUUCUCUGAUUGGAUCCUUGUUGCCUAGAUACAGUGCACGCUGUCGUGCGGUUGGGCCAUAGUCGAGCCAGUAAGGAAGCAGGUGUCAAAUGGUACCAGGAAAUGACCUGUGAUUAUUCCUCUGUUUUCAAAUGUUUUUAAAGGAGUAACUGUUAAAAGAUAAAUGAUCUCCACUUCUUCUUAAAAAUUAACUUUUUUAAAAAUACUUAAUUUUGGACUCUCAUGCAGAUUUGAUUGGAAAUUGGCACCUUUUACAUGCCAGCGUUCAUCCUAAAUUUGACUGUUGUGUUUCUUUAAUAGUAAGAGUUUUACUACGUUUAGUCCUGCUGACAGAUCUUUGAGUCCUCAACACUCUGAACUCCGCCUCUGCUCAAACUGUCAACAACGACAAAUACUCGAUCCAGUAAGAUUUUGAAAAAUUAACAGAUCAGCGCUAUGUCAGUGUCAGUACUCGCGAUGUAUGACGUGGAAGGUCAGAGACGAUAAAACCGAUCAGAGCAGGAUUAAUCCGGUUUGGCUGAACUCGGGAUCACAGAGUCGGAGGUUAGCAGACCUUCAGUCCUCCUUGCAGGUUCAUGUCCUCAUGCCUGUGCUUUUUUAUACAUUGCUUUAUUCAAGUGGGUCAAUGCUACUUCGACCACACGCACCUUAAAUGCAACUUGUGGGUCAGAGAACCGUCAAACUGCACCGUGCAAUGACUUAUUAUGUGUCGUGUUUUGUUUACAUCCAGGUAGUAGAGCAUUAAAGCCUUAGAACAGCAGCUAAGAACCAGAGCUGUCAGCUAGGACAAAGUCAGACAGGCGGUGCAGGUCUAGGAUAACAAAAAUAUUCAUGAUGUCUUUCUUGUGAUUGUAGUGCCAAGUUCUGAGGGUGGGCAGUGUAGGACUAAAGUUGUCUAACAGAGUUGUAACUCACUAAAAUGUCUUAUUUUCUAAAUGACACUCACUUUUUAAGGUUUUUAAGAUCAUUUUUAAAGCUCGUAGUUACAACACAUUAACCAUUAACAAAAAGAUCCAGUAAGGCUGUGAUUUGGAUUUAGAGGUAAAGUUUAUCGAUACACACGUCCUUGAAAGUUUGAAUAAGUGCAGGAAAUAAUCGAAUCACUCAUCGUUCAGAGAAAAACGCGCUAAGAAACGAAAGAGAGGAGCAGAGUAGUGAUUGAUCUUAUCGUCCUGAGCAGAGGUGGAGGGCAGUAAUGUGUCUGGAGUCUCUCUGUAUCGACUGAGCAGCCUCUCUCCAUAAUGUGGUUCAACUGGAGCCUCCAGGCCUCUGUUACUUUAACCCCCCUCGUCCCCACCCCUCCUCCACUUUUCCUGUUUCACCUCUACUCUGUUGUUGCCUGUUUGGGUCCUGAUUCGCGGUUCUCAUCUCGCCCCACACCCCUGGGGUUUCUGUAUGUUCUCUUCCUGUCUCUCUCUCUUUCCAGAGCACCACUCCCAAGGCUUUCGCUGCACGCAAGAUCUCCCUGACAAGUGAGUAUACGGGUCACAUCCCUCAGCCUACACCAGGAACAGGAGUGGGACCAGAAAAUGAAAACUCACUCUUCAACUUUUAGCCAACCCUUCGCUGUAAAAGUCUGGUCGUGGCUGCAGAUCAACCCUCUCUCUCUGUGUAGUCACCGUUUAUUUAUAUCACAUCACCCACCUGACGUGACUGGAAACCUAUCCCGCUGCGCAGAUCCUGCAAUGAGUCUGUUGGUGCCACCUCUUUAUUAUAGUGCAAUGAAAAAAAACGGUGUCAUGCUUGAAGGUGAAUAAACCUGGAAGAGCACAGAUGGAAGACAAUUUAAAGCUUUUGUCUUUUAAAGAACAACAAACAACAACAAAAAAACAGGCGUUUACUGAUGCAACUUAUUUUUAGAUUUUACAGUUGAGGUUAAAACAAAAAAAAACACGUUUUUUUUACACUAUCAUAAAAAAUGAAGAAUUUUAGCUAUUUUAGUGCAGAUCGAACAAAUCAUUCGGUCUUUUUAAGCUGUUAGAUAACGGCCUUUAAAAUGUCAAGACUUGAGCUUGUAUUUCAUUGUGAUUUUGAACAGGGAUGUCCCGAUACGAUUUUGAUAUCGGAUAUUGGUCUGAUAUCAGCAAAAACAGAAUAUUGGAUUUUAUCGGCCUGCAUCUAAAAUCUGCAAUAUCGGCUCUUCGAUACAAGCAGUCCAUUCCAGACUCCAUUCCAGCACUGUUAGCUAGCAGCACACAGAUCCACCAUGUAGAGCCCAUGUGAUCACAACAACAGUGUGUACUAAGGUACAAACAAAGUAGCAAGGGAUAGAAGUGAUGUCGGCCAUGUGGCAGUAUUUUUCAUUAAAGUCAGAAAAAUAUGUCGCCCCUGAGUGCAAAACUAUUCAUGCACAAUUUUGUGCUGAGAUCAGAUCAAUAUCAGACAAUACUGAGGGUAAUAAAAAUGGUUGCCAAAUCAUUAUCGGCCAAUACUGAAGGUUACCAUUAUCAGCACUGGACAAUACUGAAGGUUACAAUAUCAGAAUUGGUAUCGACCAAUAUUGAGGGCUACAGUAUUGUUAUUUGUCAAUACUGAAGGUUACAAUAUCGGUAUCAGUAUCGACCAAUGUUGAAGAUGCAGCGAUACCCCGUUAAUUUUAGCCGAACCUGUAACUUCCUCAUACUCCCAAACUUUGUUUCACAUCAAUCUGGAAGCCGACUAGACUUGCCUUAUUGUUAAACUUCUGUUAGCCUUACGACCUCAGAGCUCGUCCAACAAUGCGCAUCAAGUGCAACUUUUUUUUUACUAUUUUGUCUGAAGAAUGACGGUAAAUUAAACUUAACAACUUGAGGUGUUUCGGCGCUAAAGAUCCAUCGACCACAGAGCAGCUCGUCCUCCUCAGAGUCUAUGUUUCUGACUGAUUUCUCCGACUCUCCUCUGCAGGCAGUAAGACGUCUCCGGCCAGCGCAGACGGAGGAGCUGGAGACUCUGAGAGCGGAGCUGCAGGAGGGAGGAAGAGGAGGUGGGGCUCCAGCACAUCGGUGACUGCAAAGAAACCAUCCAUCAGCAUCACCACAGACUCUCUGAAGGUACUGAAACCAGCAUUAGAUAUGUGGUCUUAGAGUGACACCUACUGGUCAGGAUGCUGCAAGUUCUCCUCCCCAACAAACCUUUCUUUUCUUUCUUUUUUUCUUCCUCCAUCGUCUCCUGUCUUCAGUCUUUGAUCCCAGACAUCAAAAUAAACCAGGAGGCGGUGGUGGAGCUGCACCCGGAGGAGCUGCAGCUGUCCGGCGACGAGGAGAGUCUGGACAACAACAGGAGCGACCAGGACCAGGGCUUGAAGAUCCGCCGUACCGUCACACAGGUGAGGACAGACCAACGCUGAUAUGACGUCUGCUUUGAAAAAGAGUUUUUUUUACAGCAUUUAAUCACUUUUUCACCCAAGGUCGUCCCCGGUGACAAUCAAGAAAACGGACAAACCAACGAAGAGGAGGAGGAGGAGGAGGUGGAGAAAACAGAAACGGAGAAAGUACGCCGGCCUUCCAGGGACAAAAGGAAGAGCAGCGUUUCUGAAGAAGCCUCGGAGGCGCAGACGUUAGCGACGCUCGAUGGAGAGGCGCAGAAAGGUGAACAUCCUCUAUGCCUCUUUUUUCUCCUCCUCCCUCUCUUUCUCUCUCUCUUCACACCCACUCACUCACCCCGUCUCAUCUUCCUCCUCAGUCACCCCGAGCGACAGCCUGGUGCGCCGCUCCAUCAGCCAGCAGAAGUCCGGCGUGUCGGUCACCAUCGACGACCCCGUCCGCACAAACAGGCAGCCCUCGCCUCCUCACGGCAAAGUCUCCAACAUCCUCCACGUGACCAACCUGGUGGGUUUAGAAAAUAUUCACCCAGACUUUCUCCUCGGAUAAGUUCAGAGUUUGUUAAAAAAGAGCGUCCUCUUAAACCGAAGCAUGACUGAGGCGUACUGUGGUGAUCCAAGCAUCGCCAUCAUUCCUCUAAUUACAGCCAAGGACCAGUACUUACCCGGGUAUUACUGCUGCAGUCAAACAUCACCCUAAAUCAGGGGCGACCUGCUCGACCAAACACUGUGUGACUGUGACAGGACCAGACAUUACACAUUUAAUCACUAGCAUUUGCAGAUUCUUUGGAAGUUGCGUCAAAGGAGCGAGACUUCAGAUUUCUGAUUUCAUCCUGUAAUUUUAGAAAAACCGAGUCCAAACUAAAACGUCUCCUGACUUCAUCUGUGUUUGUUUUUUUACCGCUCAGGUACGACCGUUCACUCUGGGCCAACUCAAAGAGCUCCUGGGCAGAACCGGCAGCAUGGUGGAGGAGGGCUUCUGGAUCGACAAGAUCAAGUCGCACUGCUUCGUCACAGUGAGUCACAGAUCAGAGUGUCGUCUCUGGGAUUAAAACCUGGAAUCAAACACAUCGAGCAAAUAGAGUCUCGUUGUUCCUAAAUCCAUAUAACACAGGAACCAACAUCUGUUGUCCUGAUGUGGACUCAGAUGGCUCAACGGAAAUCCGAGAGGUGCUUGUGGCAGAUUUUACAGAGCCAAUUAUCUUUUUGUUCACAUUUAUUCAUGGCUUGAUACAAACUUUAGGGGCACAAUGAAAGUCGAUCAAAUAAUGUUUGUCUUAUUGGUCGACAUGAGCACUAUUAUUUGAAAUCAAUUUGAGGUCUUUUGGUCACAUGACAUGGAAGCUAUUAAAGAAAAUUUGCCUUUAAAUUUACCAAAAAACUAUUUUAGAGAACAAAUUAGGGAAAUAAAGAGGUGUGUCUUUAGUCCGACCUUAAGAUCCUUACACACUGGGGCUGACGCGAAUAUAGAACGCGAAAUUCCAAAUAUUCAGAGGCGAAUUUUGACGCGCCUGUAUUGACAAGAUACGGGUUUUUAAAAAAAAAAUUUGACGUCUGAAAUAAUUGCACGAAAAAAAUGCUCCAGGUGUGAAAGGACCUUUAUGUGUCAACAUAAGUACUGUUAUUUGAAAUCAAUUUUCAAUCUUUUGGUCACAUGACACGGAAGCUAUUGGAGGAAAACAGCCUUCAAUCAACCGGUAAUUUAUUGACGGUCCCUUAUUCAACACUGGACAUUGACAGUGAGGGUGCCGAGUAGAUUUAACCACGCUGCUGUUGCUGUUCCCGGUUAUGGAGAGUGAGGAGACAACGGUAGAUCUGCAGUGAAUGUCCGUCGGAAAUCCAACCUAAAACUAACUUUGCCGCAGUAUUUACAUGAAUUAACAUUUAUCGCCUCGGCUGAUUUUUUUUUUUUAUGAGCACAUGUGCCCCUAAAUACAUUUUACAAUUCACACACUUCUAUUUUUAGUCCUAAAUUUGAGUGAAACUGUCGCACUGUCAAGCCCUGCAUUUAUUUAAUAAAACAGUCACUCAAGUUCAGCAAGUUUACGACUCAUCUGAAACAACAACAACAUCACUAAAACACAUCUGCCGAGCAGCUCUCUCACUGUCAGUACCGACCUUUAAAAUAUCCACCUCUUUAUAUCACUGGAGUCCUACAGCAGCUCAGUUUUAUGAAGAAGAUCUGAUCGUUUUCCUUCUUCUGUCCUCACAGUACACGACCACAGAGGAGGCGGUCGCCACCAGAGCGGCUCUGCACGGAGUGAAAUGGCCUCAGAGCAAUCCCAAAGUCCUCAGCGUGGAUUUCAGCGAACAGGAUGAGGUAAAGAAAGACACACUGACUGGAUUUUUCCAGUCUGACACCCUUUAGCAUAAAUUUAUACUUUUUUAAUUCAUGAAAUUAAACUGUUAGGAUUCAUUUUAAGUCCCUUAAAGCGGAUGAAGUUCCUCGUAGCCAAUCAGUUCUAUCCAUUUAAAACUAACACACCUCAUGCAGUGCAGAUCAGGAUAAUAGAGAUGAACAGUUUUUUUCAGGGUGGUGAAUUUAGACACCUUGUUAGAGACAUUAAAUAUGAAUUGAUUUAUUUUUGGAGCUGUGACAGAUGAGAAAACACAAACGUAGUCCUGCGUCACAUCACCGAUGAAGUUUGCUGUAACGUUAAAAAUGCAGGAGAAGUCGUGUUGUGUGAGAGUGACGAAGUUUCCUCUAAAUAUGAAGAAGAAAAAACAUUUUGUUGAGUUGAAUUAAAUUGUCUCUGCAGCUCGACUUCAACAAAGGAAUCCUAAAACCAGAAAAGGAGUCGGAGCAGCCUGCCCAGCACAGCGCCCCUCAGGCCCGGCUGCCCCCUCUGAUGCCCGAGCGAGACGGCAACAGAGAGAGAGACCGCAACAGAGACCGGGAUCGCGAAAGGGACCGGGAACGGGAGCGAGGCAACGUCGCCGGGGUCGGGGGAGUGAGGGACCUGUGGGCGGAGCGGGAGCGCGAGAUGGAGCGUCGGGAACGAGCCCGUGGCGAGCGGGAAUGGGACCGGGAUAAGAUCAGGGAAUUCGCGAGACCGGGAGAGGACGGACAACGAUCCCGAUCCAGAGACAGAGAGAGGAGGAGGAGGGAGAGGAACAAGAGCAAAGAGAGGAAGACGGAGAAGAAGGGUAACGAACUGCUGAAUUUAAAAAACUGUUUCACUGAGUUUGUUUCUCUGUUUUCAAAUUUCCUCUCGUUCUUAUUUUGUGAACGACAGAAAAAGGAGACGAACCUCCUGCCAAACUUCUGGACGACUUGUUCCUGAAGACCAAAGCUGCUCCCUGUAUCUACUGGCUCCCCCUGACCGAGGAGCAGGUUUGAUCGUCUUUCUCUCCGUCUUAAGAACUUGUUAAAACUUCACGUUCUCCGGCUAAAAUCUGCUUUCUGUCCACAAGGUGGCGCAGAGGCUCCUGGACCGCACGGAGCGGCAGAAGGAGCGCGAGCGACGACGCAAGGAGCAAGAGGAGGAGGACAAGAAGAAAGAGGAGGAGAAGAAGGAGAGGCUGAAGGUCCGGGAGAAGGACGGGAGCGCAGCGGCGAGCGGUGCGGCAGCAGGAGGAGGAGGAGGAGGAGGAGACAAACGAGGAGCCGACGGAGACAGAGAGAGGGAGCGCGGUCGAGACAGGGAGGGAGACAGGAGGAGGGACAGCGGCCACCGACCCAGACGGCCGUCAGCGGGCGCCGGAAAUGGACGCCGCUCUCGUAGCCGUAGCAAUCAGAGAGACAGACGCCGCUGAGGGAAAAAUGAAGGGAAGAGAAGAAGAUGAAGGAGAGGAGAGGAGAGGAGGAGGGGGCGUGGCCGAGGGGAGGAAACCGCAGACACAAAGACACAUUUCUCUGUCCUCCUCUUGUGUCUGCUCCUCCCCGCCCGUCCCACCGCGCUCUCCGCUUUGACGCUGGCGUUGUCUUCCACACACUUCUGCCACCCAGCAGGUUUUCUUACAAGUCAAACCACGGUCCGUGUAGCGCCCUCUCUCCUGUCCUCUCCCUGAUUUUGAAGUCCUCCUCCUCCUCCUCCUCCUCCUCCUCCUCCUCCUGGUCUCCGUAGUGCUGUUUGUUCUCCUGUGUGUCAGAAAAGAAGCAGAGAGGGUUCUGGUGGUUGUUUUUGUCCCUCUGAGGUUUCUGGGGGCCCGCCUCUUUAUUUUAGUUCUGCGGGCGCACAGUUCCUUCCUCCUCUGAGCCCUGUAAUAAACCCGUUCAAAAUAGAUCUCUGAACCUUCAGAUAUUUUCUAGGAUCAGUUUCAGCGUUCGACUUUUCGGCACUGGCUGUAUUUCUUUUUUUUUUUUUUUUUUUUUCAAAUAUUGUUGGACUUUAACUGAAGAGCUGUUAGUGACGUGUGGAAAGUUGCGUUUGUUUUUUAAUCAGGAAUCAUUGUUUUUUUUUUUCAGCCUUGUUGUGUGAAGUCCCACCAAGUCACGACUCGAGUCUCAGCACUGUAACGUAGAAGAAGUGUGCGGCAGCCCGACUUUGUCCUCUAGAAAUUAAUUCUGCGAUCAUACGGGAAGCUGUCCUCCCCUGCACUGACCCUUCAAUCAGAUAUAUUUAAGAGGAGGUAACAGGAAUUUACCUUCUGAUAGAGUAAUAGUUGCAAUUUUAACGUUUAAUUUUAAUUAUUUUAGUUGGAAACAGUGGAUUUUUUUUUUUUUUUUUUUUUGCUUUCUUUUUUCUCCUCCUGUAAGUGCUGAAUGUACCAAGAAUUUAAAAAAUGAAUAAAUUUAAAUUGGUUAACAGAU